GAUCACUAUUAGUUGCCAAAUUUUCCAUUUUUUAAGACAAUGCAAUAUGUGUGCUUACGUUGUUCCCUUCUCCCAAACUGUAUAUGAAUCUUAAACUCCAAGCUUAUCUUACUUUUUCUUCAGCUCAGUUCCAACAAUUGUAACUUCUACUCAAUACUUCUCAUCUCUCAGCAUUUGACAACGUUCUUAUUCUACUAUUCACUUUAUUUCUCAGCUAGUGCUGAGUUGUCAAAGUUGACCAGUGCUGACCUGGUUCUUCUUCAGCUGGGAGGAUGCUUUUGUGAUUGGUUACUUGUGUUGAAGAUUAAGGUGGAGCUGAGGAUCGAUGGGUUGGAAGAGAUCUACUUUGGAGUGUGAGAGAUUGAAGAUCCAUGGAAAUGUUCUACUGGGAAUUUUGUUGAUCUGCACAAUUCAGAUUUCAUGUGCGCUCACUGAUCCCACAGAUGUUGCUGCAAUUAAUAGCUUAUACGCUGCUCUGGGGUCCCCUGCUCUCCCUGGUUGGGUUCCAAGUGGCGGAGAUCCAUGCGGAGAAGGGUGGCAAGGCAUUCAGUGUAAUGGUUCAUUCAUACAAAAAAUAGUUCUGAAUGGUGCAAAUUUGGGAGGAGAACUGGGUGAUAAUCUGUCAACAUUUGUUACAAUCUCAGUAAUUGAUCUGAGCAACAACAACAUUGGAGGAAGUAUUCCAUCCAGUUUGCCAGUUACCAUGAGAAACUUUUUUCUUGCGGCCAACCAGUUCACCGGAAGUAUUCCGACCUCUUUAUCCACUUUAACUGGACUGACAGACAUGUCUCUUAACGAAAACCAUUUAAGUGGAGAAAUACCAGAUGCAUUUCAGUCACUUACGCAGUUGAUCAACCUAGAUUUAUCUACUAAUAAUUUGAGCGGGGAAUUGCCUCCUUCCGUGGAGAAUUUGUCAGCUCUAACCACCCUGCGCUUACAGAACAAUCAGCUGUCUGGGACACUUGAUGUUUUACAAGAUCUUCCUCUGCAAGAUUUGAAUGUUGAGAACAACCAGUUUGCUGGCCCAAUACCUCCAAAGUUGCUAAACAUCCCAAAAUUCAGACAAGCUGGAAAUCCAUUUAAUGUUAAUGCUACUGCAGCUGUUGCUCCUCCACCUCGCUCCCCAGUGACAGCACCGCCAGGAACACCAGUUUCUGGGGGAACACCAGUUUCUGGGGGACCACCAGUUUCUGGGGUACCAUCUUCUGGCCGUGUACCUACUAAACAGGCUGAUGGACCCACUGUAGCAAAUGAACCACAUUCUGUGAAAUCCAAAAAACACACCAAAAGGGUGGUUUGGAUAUCUAUUGCUAGUGUAAUAGGAUUCAUUAUUUUGGUACUAGCACUAAUUCUAUUUAUUCCAAGAUGCGGCCAAAGGAGAAGGGAACAGAAUGACAGAAGGUCCAAGCGACAUCAAAUUGGUGCAGUGGGAGGUGAAAGACAAAAUGCUAGGGAUUAUGGGGCUCUAGUCCAACCACCUCGUCAAACAGAAAAAGUACCACCAGCAGCGGAUGUUUCAAAGCAGAAAGAGGAUAAUCAAGCAGAGACCAGGAGAGUGUGGGCUAUUCCAAAUCGGGAGCAUGAGCAAGAGAAGGAUGUGCAAAGAAUGGUAUCAAUACCAAAGCCAGAAGAUCAUGAGAUAGAUAUAAGUACACUAGAAGUGUAUUCAAUGCCUCCCCCGCCUCCUCCCCCUCCCCCUCCUCCUCCCCCUCCACCCACACCUCCACCACCACCACCUCCUCCUCCUACUAGGAAGGUGAUUGUUGAGCCUGUCACUCACCGCAGAGGGACUAAUGCCGAUCCACCCACAAGAAGUUCAGUUCCUCCUCCCACUUUUGCAAAAUGUUUCACCAUUGCAUCACUUCAACAAUACACAAAUAGCUUUUCUCAAGAAAAUCUCAUAGGAGGAGGGAUGCUGGGAAGCGUGUAUAAAGCAGAGCUUCCUAAUGGGAAGCUACUUGCUGUGAAGAAACUGGAUAAGAGAGCCUCUGCUCACCAGAAGGAUGAUGAGUUUCUUGAAUUGGUGAAUAGUAUUGACAGAAUACGACAUGCAAAUAUUGUUGAGCUUAUUGGAUACUGUUCAGAGCAUGGCCAAAGGCUUCUGAUCUAUGAGUACUGCAGUAAUGGAUCACUGCAUGAUGCACUCCACUCAGAUGAUGAAAUCAAAACAAAACUCUCAUGGAAUGCUCGAAUUCGGAUGGCACUUGGAGCAGCUAGAGCCUUAGAAUACUUGCAUGAGCUAUGUCAUCCGCCGGUGAUACAUAGAGAUUUGAAGUCUGCCAAUAUUCUCCUUGACGAGGAUCUAUCUGUGCAUGUAUCUGAUUGUGGCUUAGCUCCACUAAUAACUUCGGGAUCUGUAAGUCAGCUCUCGGGGAACCUGCUGACAGCUUAUGGCUAUGGAGCUCCAGAAUUCGAGUCAGGAAUUUACACAUACCAAAGUGAUGUAUACAGCUUUGGAGUGAUUAUGUUAGAACUUAUGACUGGCCGUCAGUCCCAUGACAGGACGCGUCCGCGAGGGGAGCAAUUUCUUGUCAGAUGGGCAAUUCCCCGACUUCAUGAUAUUGAUGCAUUAUCAAGCAUGGUUGAUCCUUCUUUAAAUGGAGAUUACCCUGCAAAAUCAUUGUCAAAUUUUGCAGACAUUAUUUCUAGGUGCCUUCAGUCAGAACCAGAAUUUAGGCCAGCAAUGUCAGAGGUGGUCAUGUACUUGAUAAAUAUGAUAAAGAAGGAGUCUCAGUAAAGUGGAUCAAGUGAAAAAUGGGAAUGGUAGUGAUAUUCAUUAAAUGAGUUAAUGUGCAGUUAUUUACCUGAUGAAUAAGUAGAGAUUAAUGUGCAGAGACAUCAUGAUCAUGCUACCUAAGGAGGCCCAAUUAGUUGUCUCCACCCUCCUUGCUUCAUUACUUCCUGCUAACCUACUCACCAUUCACAUGCUAAGUUCAACCAGAAAUUUUGUACAAUCAGCUUCAGGGAAAAUGUAGUGUCAACACUCCUUGUAUGUGUAGAUCUUUUGAUAUCUGAUUAUUUUAUAGCUCAUUGAAACAGGCCAUGUUAAUGUUAGUGAUAGGCGUGCUAACUAACCCAUUUGUUUCAUAAAUAUUGUUUCUGAAUUCUUGAUAAUGAUAAUGUAAUGCCAUAGUGCAUCCUUGUGGUUUUUAUAUUCAUCAUUUGAACAAUCAAGUCAAGCUUUGUAAUUUAGUAUUGAUUGUUCUUUGUAAACUAGAGGAAGACAUCUAUUGUCGUUUUCUUAGUGACCGUUCAGUCUAUCUUUUGAUUGAGAGUUGGUUUACAGUUUAAAA